AUGAGGGAUGAGGAGAGGAGCCGCCCCCUGGAACCGCACCCCCUCCCCCCCUUCCUUCCUCCAGCCCCUGCCCCACCCACAGUAGUCUCUGCACUGUCCUUCACACGGCAGCCAGCCCCCCCACCCCCCCGUCCCCGCCACCUCCCCCCCACAACAGCAGCCGCGGGAGGGGAGAGGCAGGGCAGGGGGUGGUGCUGCAGUGACUCAAGGCGGCCACCAUUUCCACGCCACCCCCGUCCUGCCGUCACCCCCUUCCCCCCUUCCUCCCCCACACAGCGACUGCCGCUGCAAACGCGCAGGGGCGGGACGGGUGGGGAAGCGCAGGGAGGUCACAGCGCUGGUGGCGGAACUGGCGCUGGUGACUGGCGUCGAUGCUGGUGCUGGCGGCUGGCGCUGGAGCUGGUGCCUGGUGCUGGCGUGACGGCGCUGGUGCCUGGUGCUGGCGUGACGGCGCUGAUGCCUAGUGCUGGCGACUGGCGCUGGGGCUGGUUCCUGGUGCUGGCGGCUGGCGCUGGGGCUGGUUCCUGGUGCUGGCGGCUGGCGCUGGGGCUGGUUCCUGGUGCUGGCGGCUGGCGCUGGGGCUGGUUCCUGGUGCUGGCGGCUGGCGCUGCGCUGGGGCUGGUUCCUGGUGCUGGCGGCUGGCACUGGGGCUGGUUCCUGGUGCUGGCGGCUGGCGCUGGGGCUGGUGCCUGGUGCUGGCGGCUGGCGCUGGUGCUGGUUCCUGGUGCUGGCGGCAGGCGCUGGUGCUGGUUCCUGGUGCUGGCAGCUGGCGCUGGUGCUGGUUCCUGGUGCUGGCGGCUGGCGGCUGGGGCUGGUGCCUGGUGCCUGGUGCUGGCGGCUGGCACUAGUGCUGGUGCUGGUGCCUGGUGCUGGCGGCUGGUGCCUGGUGCUGGCGGCUGGCGCUGGCGCUAG